UUUGAUAUUAUGUGGAGACGUUAUCAUACUCGGAUAUCAGGUAAUGCGAAUGUAAAGUAUCAAACUUUCAUUCGUCAACCCACGCUUGAUGCAGACAGUGUUUAGCUAUUCCGUCAAAUGUUUCCAUUGUGUUAGCCCAUAUGGAUAGUCUUCAGCUCAAUGACUGGGCGUCUAUGGGAAGACCUAGUAUGAUAGCUGAGCCAGUCACACUUCGUAUAAAAUGAAUGGAAUGCUACUUACCAACUAGCUAUAUUAUGCUGCACACACAAUGCUGAAUGCUUCUACCAAAAACUAGCUAGCUUGUAACGUUAGCAGCUAUGCUGUCUGUGUCCCGAGUCAGCUGACUCAGCGUUACAAUAUAUUGAUCGCGGAGAAACAUGCUGAUUUACGAACUGACUUGUGAUAACAUUCUCUCUUUUGGGGCAGGAUGUCUACAACUUUAGGGUAAUUAAACAAGCCAAGCAGUGUUGCCAGGUCUAGUAAAAAUGUCUAACCCAAUGACCUCUGAAAACCCGCCCACAAGGUCUGAAAACUAGCCCUAAAAUGUUGUUUUGCAACAUUUUGAAAAAGUCAAUAGUGGAGGUAGCGCUAGAGGAGCAGCCCCCAGAGCAGGCAGCCUCGGUGAGUGACGCAGACAUCGCAAGUGCCAUCAACGGCAUCCUGAAGGCAGCAGAGGAUCACGCUGUGGUCAGAGACACCGGGGCUGUGAUUGUGGGCCAGGUCAGUGCAGGGGCCACACCAUCUGGCCGGAAGUGGAGCUCCGUGUGGACGCACUACGAGCGGUUGGGGGAGCAGAACCGUGCGCUUUGUCUGAUCUGCAAUGAGAAGAUCCAGCACCAGAGCAGCACCAGCAACCUGCUGCGCCACCUCUCCAAGAGACAUCCAGAGGCCUUUGCUCGCCUGGAGGGCCACAUCAAGAAACAGAAGACCAGCGACGUCCAGAAAACAUUGCGUAGAGACGGCGACCCAGGCCCAAAACACACCAACCUGUCAAGGAGAAUUGGAGGGGUAGCACUGAAACAAAGCCCAGGGAAAUUUCCAGAUGCAUUUGAUGUGAUGGGAGCAUGUGAGGGGGAGGUGCGUGUGUUGGAGCGGGAGCGUGAGCUGACGGAGGCCUUGAGGAGGGCUCAGCAGCAGGAGGCACGGGCGCUGGAGCAGCAGAGGGAGCUCCUGGAGACACUACGUCGGGCCAACACCAGAGAGGCAUCUGCAGAGAAGGUGGCCCUGGAGACCCUGAGGAGAAGCCAGGAGCAGGAGGCCCGCUCCCUGCAGAGGGAGAGGGAAGACCUGCAGAGAGAGCGAGUGGAGUUGCAGAUGGAGAAGGAAAGGAUGCAAAGGGAGAGGGAGGAGCUGGAGUGCUUAAGAAGGGACUCUGGGCAAGAGAGCAGUCCGGUACAGACAGUGGACCGAACCACUGGGUUGUUCCAGGGGGACGUGGUACAGGAACAGGAGGUGACUAUGAGGGAAGAGGUUCUUGGUUAGGGGAUGUUUCAGUAAGCCAACAGGACGAUACUGUAAUGUUCAGAAGUUGACCACCUAUCCCAUCACCAUGCAUUCAGACUCUAACUCAAACACCUCUCUCUAAAAGGAGGGAGAUGGUGGGUGAAUGCACUCAGGAGGGGGUUUAGUGAUGUAAAUACUUUUGUAACUUUUUUAAUGAAAAUAAACCUGUACCAUGUCA